UCUCCCAUGACUCUCGCGAGAACCGUGGCCUCUGUUACGCACCGCCCCAAUUCUUCUCGCGAGGCUGCUUGCAGGGCCGGGCCCGACAUGGCGGAAGAGGAGGUGGCCAAGUUGGAGAAGCACUUGAUGCUUCUCCGACAAGAAUAUGUCAAGCUGCAGAAGAAAUUGGCAGAGACAGAGAAGAGAUGUAGUCUUUUGGCUGCACAAGCAAACAAGGAUAACAGCAAUGAGUCCUUCAUCAGCCGCCUGCUGAUGAUCGUGGCUGACCUCUAUGAGCAGGAGCAGUAUAGUGAUCUGAAGAUAAAGGUUGGAGAUAGGCACAUCAAUGCUCACAAGUUUGUCCUGGCAGCCCGCAGUGACAGCUGGAGCCUGGCCAAUUUGUCUUCUACCAAGGAGCUGGACCUGUCAGAUGCUAACCCUGAGGUGACAAUGACAAUGCUUCGCUGGAUCUAUACGGAUGAGUUGGAGUUCAGAGAAGAUGAUGUGUUCCUGACUGAGUUGAUGAAACUAGCUAAUCGGUUUCAGCUCCAGCUCCUUAGGGAGAGAUGUGAGAAGGGUGUUAUGUCUCUGGUGAAUGUCAGGAACUGUAUUCGCUUCUAUCAGACUGCGGAGGAACUGAAUGCCAGCACCCUGAUGAACUACUGUGCAGAAAUUAUUGCGAGUCAUUGGGAUGAUUUACGAAAAGAGGACUUCAGCAGCAUGAGUGCUCAGCUGUUGUACAAAAUGAUCAAAUCCAAGACUGAGUACCCCUUACAUAAAGCUAUCAAAGUGGAGAGAGAAGAUGUGGUCUUUCUUUACCUAAUUGAAAUGGAUUCACAGCUCCCUGGGAAGCUGAAUGAAUUGGACCAUAAUGGAGAUCUUGCCUUAGACCUAGCUCUUUCACGACGACUAGAAAGUAUUGCCACCACGCUGGUUAGUCACAAGGCUGACGUGGACAUGGUAGAUAAGAAUGGCUGGAGCUUGUUACAUAAAGGAAUCCAAAGAGGAGAUGUCUUCGCUUCCACUUUCCUCAUUAAGAAUGGGGCCCUCGUCAAUGCUGCUACCUUGGGUGCUCAGGAGACACCGUUGCACCUGGUGGCAUUGUACAGUCCCAGGAAACACUCAGCAGAUGUGAUGUCUGCGAUGGCACAGAUUGCAGAGGCCCUCCUGCAGGCUGGUGCUAACCCUAACAUGCAGGACAGCAAGGGCAGGACUCCCUUACACUUGUCCAUCAUGGCCAGGAAUGAAUACGUGUUCAAUCAGUUGCUGCAGUGUAAACAAUUAGAUUUAGAACUGAAAGACCACGAGGGCAGCACAGCUCUGUGGCUUGCAGUGCAGUACAUCACUGUGUCAUCCGACCAGUCUGUAAACCCCUUUGAAGACCUCCCUGUGGUAAAUGGGACCUCAUUCGAUGAAAACAGCUUUGCAGCCAGACUCAUUCAGCGUGGCAGCAACACCAAUGCCCCCGAUGCGGUGUCAGGAAAUUGCUUACUGCAGCGGGCAGCUGAAGCAGGAAAUGAGGCAGCAGCUCUUUUCCUGGCAACCAGCGGUGCCCACGUCAACCACAGAAACAAGUGGGGAGAAACUCCGCUGCACACAGCCUGUCGGCAUGGCCUGGCCAACCUCACUGCAGAGCUCCUGCAGCAAGGUGCCAACCCCAACCUGCAGACAGAGGAAGCUCUGCCUUUGCCAAAGGAGGCUGCAUCAGUGGGCAGCGUCUAUCUGCAGACGCCGCUGCACAUGGCAAUUGCCUAUAAUCAUCCAGAUGUGGUGUCUGUCAUCCUGGAGCAAAAAGCUAAUAAUGCCCGCAUGCCACCAACAACUUGCAAAUUAUUCCGGACUUCAGCCUCAAGGAUUCCCGAGACCAGACUGUGCUGGGCCUGGCAUUAUGGACAGGCAUGCACACGAUCGCAGCCCAGCUGCUGGGCUCUGGGGCGUGCAUCAACGACACCAUGUCGGACGGGCAGACGUUGCUGCACAUGGCCAUGCAGCGGCAGGACAGCAAGAGUGCACUGUUUCUCCUGGAGCACCAGGCAGAUAUAAACGUCAGGACCCAGGAUGGGGAGACAGCCCUUCAGCUGGCCAUCAGAAACCAGCUGCCACUUGUGGUGGAUGCCAUAUGCACCCGAGGAGCUGACAUGUCCGUGCCUGAUGAGAGGGGGAACCCCCCACUGUGGCUCGC